AUGCCCGCGGUACCUUUCACGGUCAAAGCAGUGUUCGAAUACACCUCGGAACAUGAAGAUGACCUUAAAUUCUCAAUUGGGCAGAUCAUCACGGUAACGGAGGAGGAGGAUGCUGAUUGGUAUUACGGCAAUUAUACCGACGAUGCGGGCGCCAAACAAGAGGGCAUUUUCCCUAGGAAUUUUGUCGAAAAGUACGAGCCUCCAGCUCCUCCACGGCCUACGAGACCGACGAGGACCCGGAAGGAAUCCGAAACCGUUCCUCAAUCCCCGCCCAUGGCGCCUGAGCAGCCCCCUGCCGAUAUUCCGCAAGAGGACGUGCAGAAGAAGAGUGUUGAUCUGGGAGCUGCGGAUGAAUCGGUCAGACAGAGCAUCCCCGCCCCAUCCGAGGCAGUCAAAAGCCCUGUUGCUCUAUCGUCGCCUCCUUUGAGUCCUCCUCCCUCUCAAAAGGCCGUACCACCUCCGCCAGCAGCACCUGUUGAAGCCCCCGCCAAAAAAGCUCCACCUCCGGCAGUUGCUGAGAAACCUGCCGUUGGCUCGUUUAGAGAUCGAAUUGCUGCCUUUAACAAGCCAUCUGCGGCACCGAUAACGCCUUUCAACCCUAACGCUAACCUAUCAAGCUCUUUUGUUAAGAAGCCAUUCGUUGCACCACCACCAAGUAAAAAUGCUUACGUUCCUCCACCAGUUGAACCACCCCAGACUUACAGGAGAGAGGAACCUGCAGAGCGUGUUAGUCAGGAGACUUCAUUGCCGAUCCGUUCUGAAGUCGCGGACACCACCGGGGCUGUAGAGGAAGACCAACCAAAGCCAACAAGUCUUAAAGAAAGAAUUGCUCUUUUACAGAAACAGCAGCUAGAGCAGGCUGCUCGACAUGCCGAGGCUGCCCAGAAAAAGGAGAAACCGAAGAAACCAGCAAAGAAACGACCGGAACCACAAGAGCCUACCGAACAGCCCGAGUCAACGGUGGGAGUAGAGCUGCAGAGAACUGAGACUUCGGAAACAGCAAAGGAGUCAUCAACUACAAGCGGCCCAGCCGAGGAAAGCAGUCAACAUAAGCACCGAGCUUCUGUCCUACCACCCGCCAGAGAACUUACAAGCGAUACUAAUGACGCUGACAAUUCCGCGGCUGGUGAUACGGAGGAGGCGAGUGAAACUUCGACCAGCAAAGAGGAUCCUGAAGAGAAAUCACCUGAGCCAAGGUAUCAGACACGGCCUGACGAUGAAACCAACCGUGAUGAAAAUGAGUCCGAGGAAGAAGCAAGCGAGGAGCAAGAGGAAGUUGAGAUGGAUCCAGAGAUCAAGCGGAGAAUGGAGAUUCGUGAUCGAAUGGCCAAACUUAGUGGCGGAAUGGGAAUGAUGGGAAUGUUCGGUGCGCCAUCUGGUCUACCAGGAAUGCCCACUGGCGGAUAUAGAAAACCAAAAACCCCGUCAGCGGAUGCAGGAGCCGUAGAACAACAACCAGAGCCCCAGGCAUAUGCUCCUCCUAUUCAGGUUAUGGGUCUUCCGGGGAUGCAUCCCAGAAAACGGGAAGAAUCACCCAAAAGCCCAACAGUGGUGCCAGAAGAACAUAGUGAACCUCAAAAUGUUUCUCAAGCCUCCCCAGCUGGUUCAGAAGAGGCUCCCGAAGAGGGCAGUGAAGAACCGGUCACACCACAUGGACGGCCAGUACCUGCGCCUCCAGUAACCCAUGCUCUACCACCACCACCUCCUCCUCCAGAAAGUCGACCUGUUCCACCACCUCUGCAAGGAAUCAUGACUUCUCCUUCUCUUGGGGCCAAAACCGAGGAAGACAUUGUGUCCUCUCCGGUAGGGCUUGACAAAGGCGAUAAUGAAUCAUACUUCCCAGGACAUGAAGCAUCCAGGAGUGCACGCCAGUCGAUAGACCAAACCAUGGGUGCAUCUCCUAUAUCGUCUCCCGUGCUAGGGCCAGGGCGACGGCAGAGCCAUCCACCUCCUCCACCUCCGUCGGCUCCCCCAGUACCAUCAUCCGCUCAAACUCGCCCCCCACCACCUCCUCCACCAACAGGCCCAAUCUCGCGCAAAUCUACAUCUGACAGUAGGAUGAGUGCACGAACACCAACUCAGCCAUUAGGUAGUGAUAGUGAGGAAGAAGUGACCGAGUACGAAGGCGACUAUGAUACGGACAUAGCUUCUGGGGCCAAACACAAAGAUGCCCUCAAGGCGCAUGCACGAGAUUCUAGUGUAGAUGAAGGGACGCUAGCCGACUCUUUCAGUCCCCAUUCACCAAGGAGCCCGAUAGAAACAAGACCACCGAUCCCGCAAACUGCUCCUUCGACAUCUGCUCCCCGUUCAGCACCACCCCCUCCUCCACCUGGCCAACCUCCAAAGGCAGCACGGAGGUCUGUCGAUAUGCCGAGGGUCCCGCCACCUCCAGUUCCUGCUCCAAAGAUGUACACGCAAGAAGAAGAUACCCGUCAACAAGGGCGUGAGGAAGGAUAUGACCCGUAUAGGUACGAUGUAGGACCUAGUGUUGUCGCCCAGGAGGACCGAGGCGAACCCCAAAUAAAAGAGACGGAAGAGGAGGAAUCAUACGAUCAGCCAUCUCAACAGCCAAUGUCUUCUCCCCAGCCGUCACGCCCAUCCCGGAGUUCUGCUGAUCUAUUAAGAGGCCAAACAACAACACGUAGGUCCAUGGAUGUUUCUCGCCCCUCCAUUGAUCAAGGAUACAUUGCAAACGAUGUAGAUCUUGCUUCCACUUCUCUCUGGUGGACUCAACCGAAUACACCACCUCCAGUAUUCCAGGGCCGACGAGACAUCCUCUUUGAAAUUGAGGAAUCAUCAACGAAUAAACGCGGCGGUAAAGUUACCAUAUCAAAGGACGUUUAUCUUCUAUUUAUGGACUACUCUCAAACCGUUGUAUCCGCGCAAUUCGAUGCCAAAAACCCCGUCGAUGUAGUGCUGGAACAACGUCACGAGCCACCACCACCACGACUCCGUCAAGAUCAACUAGAAGACGCCCACACCCAAUUCGGUGCUCGUAUUUCUGAAUCAAUUGCCUCAAAACAAAACACCACCAUUGGCGACGGCACACCUCAUGCUCUCAUCCAAGCACUCCUUAUUCCGUUCAAGGAUGCUCUUCUCCCCGUCGGCGUCCGCAGCUAUGGUGCUCUAGUUUAUGCCAACCUUGCCAACGCCUCUGUCCAGCAAUUUGAUGAGAUCCGUCCCGGUGAUAUAAUCACAUUCCGCAACUGUCGUUUCCAAGGCCACCGCGGCACAAUGCAUCAGAAAUACUCAGCCGAAGUAGGGAAACCAGACCAUGCAGGAAUCGUAUCUGAUUGGGAUGGGACGAAGAAAAAGGUACGAGCCUGGGAACAAGGUAGGGAGAGCAAGAAGGCGAAAGUAGAGAGCUACAAAUUGGGAGAUUUGAAGAGUGGUGAAUGUCGUGUUUGGAGAGUCAUGCCUCGUUCAUGGGUUGGUUGGGAUGGACAGCACAAGGCCUAA